AUGUCCUCCACCUGUAACACAAACGUGCUCUCUUCGUCAGAGAAGAAGCGGCUGCGGGACAGAAGAGCUCAGCAGACGUUGCGCGAAAAACGCCAGAAUCGUAUGCUGGAGCUCGAGGCCCGCGUGGCCUUUUGCGAGAGGAAUCAUGGAGCAGUCACCAAACAGGAAGUAUUAGAUCAGAGUGGAGUUCAAGAUCCCGACGUGCAGAAGCUACUUGAUACAGUGGAGAGCUUACGACGGGAGAAUAAUCGAUUGCGCGAGCGGCAGGAGAGUCUGCGCCAGAUGGUAGGAACGUGGGAUUUAAGUGAAGAGCAUGAUCAGAAACAAUGGAAUGAUGAGAAGAAACGCGCCUUCAGAUCCUCGAGUGGUGUGUUCUCUAAUGGCGGCGGCCAGGCAUUUUCCGAGAGCAAUUACGAGGCUUCUUCGAGUCCCGGGGCUGAGAAUCAUUAUCAGAAUAUCACUGCUACUGCGGCAACGAUGAACAGGAUCGACCCCAAACUGGAAGCACAUUCGGGGAUACCAGCUACACUACCUAUAUCAGCGUUAACCUCCUUCGCCAAUACGAUUUCUCUACCACAUAACUUCUCGCCCACUCCACACCCGGUCGUCCACCUGCCAUCUCCGCCUGCUAUAUCAUCCUCGGUUCCAGUCUGGUGUCGCGUACCACGCAACAGCUACGAUACCAACAACACAAACGUCGUCCCAUUGAUAUCCGCACGUUGGUUCUCGCAUCCCGAACUGGUUACUUCCUGUCCCUUGCAACCGUCUCCUCUCGACUUGUUGUACGGCACACGCCGAAAUUACCUGGCAAAUAAUAUCCACGACCUAGUCCGCCAACGCGCGCUCCGAGACGCCGAAACCGUCGCCAUUGGAUAUCUCAUAUACAACUAUAGCAAGUGGCGUGCGUCGCCCACACCCGCUACUUUCGCCCGCUUAGUCCCCUUCCAGCAUCCAACCCCCCUCCAACUAGAGCAGGACCAUUUCGGCGGAAUCGACAUGAUGAUCUGGCCGAAGAUGCGGGAGAACAUGAUUCGUCGUUGGCACGAGCUCGAUUUCGUGGAGGUCUUUGAUUUUUUGUCUUGUUGUAUGAAGGUGCGCUGGCCGUGGAAUAAGGAUAUGUUGGAACGGGAUGCGGAGGAUAAUCUGCAGAUUCGGGAGGAUUUUAGGCAGAUUUUUAGUCGGGAGGAUGGUUGGGGAUUGACGGCGGAGUUUAUUGAUCGGUAUCCGAUGUUGUUGGAGGGGAUGGAUUUGGAGGCGUUGAGGUUUGAGAUUGCGUUUCCGACGGAGAUUAUGCGGAUGUUCAUGGCCGAUAUCAAAUUGCAUGCCAUGUGA